UUGCCCGUGUCGCGCUGUGAAUUUAACUGUGCCCGUUGCUGUGCCGAACAAUACCGAAAUCUGAAUCUCGUCAUAAUCAACCAAAGAAUUCCGCCUCAUUUACUUGAUUAACGCCGCUGAAUUAAACGCAUAACAAAUGUUGAUACGUUGUAUCAAAGUCAGUAGAAGUCGCGAGGUACAGCGCGCCUCUACGUGGAUGCUGAUUGGCCCACUCAAUAGAAGUGGGGGAGCUGGUACAGAUUACGAGCGCUUGCCCGAUAACGCCAUUUCUACGUCCGCGGAACUUCGAAUCGUGUGGUUAAUCUCCGUGUAACUCGCUGUGAAUUUAACUGUGUACGUGAUAAUAACGCAUUCUGAAUCUUGAAGUAAUCAAUCGAGUAUUCCUACCUGAUUCACGGGUAUAAUACCGCUAAAUUAAACGCAUUAAAAAUGGUGAUACGUCGUAUCAAAGUCAGUGGAAGUCUCAAGAUCCAGCGCGCCACUGGUUGGUAUAGCGUCGUCGGCCAUGUGUGGUAUAAAUAUAGAGCGUUUGGCGGCAACGCCAUUUCUACGUCGAACUUCGAUCGUAUAGUUGUUCUCCGUAUCCCGCUGUGAAUUUGACUGUCCCUAAUAAUAUCAAAUUUUGAAUCUUGUCAUAAUCAACCAAAAGAUCUUGCUUAAUUCACGUGUCUCACGCCGCCGAAUUAAACGCAUUAAAAAUGGCGAUACGUAGUAGCAGUCGGUGGAGGUCGCUUGAUCGACGCAUCCCCUGAUUGGCCCGCUUAGUAGCUGUAAAUACGCCAUUUCUACAUCAAACUUCAGAUUAACUGCUUUGUCUCCUCUAAAUUCGUCGCUAAUUCAAAUAAUACGUUGUAAUAUUGGAUCCUAAAACAAGUGACGAUCGGCCGUACAAUGACUCUAACAAUCUUAACUCAUCUGAGGGUAUAAUUGGCUCGAUAGAACGUAUAAUGAUGGUGAUACCGGUGAUACUGGACGCAACAAGUCGAAGCCGGUAGCCGUUGUGAAUAAUUUUUGAAUUCUUGCCGCAACUAGAGCUCCUCCGCGGUAGAUUUGAAGUGCAUAAUCGGUGCAUACAAAUAUUUGGGAGCAUUCGUACCGGAUCUCCGCUCUUCUUAACACGUAAGAUCAUAAUGUUAUUGCUGGCUGAUCAUCAACCAUCCACCUAAAGUGAAAAAUCUCGCAUCGUUCUUCGUGGGUGUAUCGCAUCAACUUUACAUCGUACCAGACCUACUACAUUCAACCUACAACGUUUCAACCUACUACAUAGCUAUAGCCAUCAGGGAGGCUGAGACAUCCGGGUAAAAUCCAAGACCCCCGAGACCUGGGAACCGGCUCGGGUCCGGUCUUGGUGCUGGCAGCGAUGGUGAGUCCCAGCACUCAAAGUUUCUCGACUUCUUUGCCAGCUCACACGAUGGUGAACGCUGGCAUCGGGUCGUUGUAUUUUAUAUUGUGUCAUUCCUCUGAUCCCUUUUUGUUACAUGGCGUGGCGGUACCCUGAAUUUCAAUUUUAUUAGAUCAGGUAAUUGUAGGGUUGGUUGCUGUUGAGCAUAGCGCACCUGCACCCUGUAGCGUCAGACAUAUAAAACUCUUCCUUGAAAUUAAUCAGUCAAAAAACCAAUGAAUGAUUGAGUCAGUCAGUCAGUUUAUUAAUUAGUCAAUCGGUUAUUUGAGCAAUCAGUUAACCAUUAGUUCAUCAAAUGUGAACUAUUCAAAUAAAUCACAUCUUUGAUAAAUUCAAUUGCAAGAGUGUGCAGCUCAUAGGCAACGGUACAGACCGUCGUUCAAUCGACUCAAGUAUUUUUUGAUUUUUAUAUAAUUUUCGGUGAUCGAUCUCGUUUGCGUCGAUCACUGAUCGGUAAAAAAAUUUUGUUGUGCGAAUGAUGGUCUUACCAUAGGUUCAGCUUUUUCAGGUACACCAGGAAUUGAAUUGGAUAGCUCUCGCGAAAAAUCAGAAUCCAUCUAGACUCAAUUUAACGGUCAGCCAUCAGCUGAACCAAUUUUGAAUUUAAUCUCUAAAUUUUUGAUUCAUUUGCAUGCUUGAUAUUUCAAUUUAUCUAACUCAAUUUGAAUCAGAGUUGAACCCGUCUUUAGGUACCCACAUAUAAGUAAAUUCACUAGAACUAUAACAGGAUGUCUAAUGAUUAUAGGAAUUUUCUUCCCUUACACACAAUUUUCAGCCCUGAACUUCUUCUUACUUGAUGAAUAGAUGUGAGAUUAAUUAAAUUCAUUAUUCUACUGAUGAUAUUUCUCAAUCAAUUCUAUUGAAUUUAUGAUUAUAUCAAAUAAUUUCAAUUGUCAAGAGUGAAUUUACUAAAUUCAUUCAAAGAUCAUAGAUGUUUUUCAAAUUUCGCACCGAUAACAAACAAACUUUUCUCAAAAUUUGAAUAAAUCACGGCUUCGGCCGGGGCGUGGGCAGCCUUUAUAUUCCUAUGAACACAACAGGUCUACAGUAAGUUUUUUGAACGAGAUACCACGGCAAUGAAUGUGAGAUGUGAGUGAGAUCGAAUUCUCGGUGCGCCGGCGCAAGUAUGAAUCGGGGUUUUCGUCAGUAAAAUCAUUUCUUGGAUAAAUAUAGGUGAAAGGCAGGUAUAGGUAAAUUCAUGAAUCGCGAAGGCAUGUAUAUGCAGUGUGUGUGCAACUAAUAGUUUUAACCGUAGGGUGGGAUGUGGGCUGACCAAAGUGGGUAGGCAAGAAAUCGGAAGUGUAACUUUUCUUUCCACAGCGAUUCCAAGUGAUCAAUUGAGUAGAAUUCAUCAAAUUGCGUUAGCUAAUUUUCUACAACAUUUUAUUCGACAUUUUCCUAAUAAUUCUUUUCGUGUAGUCUUUUAGAUCUCUUUUCUGAGAUCUGAUAGAUACUUUUCCUUCCCAACCAAACAAUUCCAAUUAGACUGACUUUUUAUCUUCCCUGUAAUAUUUGCGGUCACUUGGAAUGGGCAAAAUGCGUCCGCCUUGCUCUCCGUACCAGCCGUGGUGCAUGGAAGUGAGGUGGACGUUGAGCUCGAAGACUUCGCGUCGAAGAGGAUCGCCGACCGCCACGCCAAAAAUUUGUAAACCUAUCCCCUUUCCUCUCCCCAAUGCUAAUUGGAAUAGGAGGAUGCGAUUAAAAAUUGCAUUUCUUCGAUUUCCAUUAGCAUAAAUAUUCCGAAUCUGACGCUGCUCGCGCGUGCAUAGCGCGAGGAGGAGGAGUCGUGUGAUCUAUGUUUGUUGUAUUUCUGUUUGUGCCGUCCUCAGGGGUCCUAAGAAAUGUUUUAAAACAUAAAACUAGCGUGACUUGCCAUCUUGCAAGGCGCUUUAAAAACUUGACUGAUAUUGGCGAUGGGAACAUGUAUUGAGAGAUUUUCUUUCAGGAAUUUAAAGUGCAAUAAAAACCCAAGUUUCGUCGCUGCUGUUCGUAUGCGCGCGGACUUGGCGCUUAAAACAUGCAUUGCAACGCUUUAUGCGUUAUAAACCAGAAAACCGAAACAUUGUAAGGAAUCAAGUACCUACUAUCGCACCUUUUUGUUCGUGGUACUUGACUUCCUCGCGAUUAUCUUUAAGCUACUAAUCCAAAUUUUAAUCCAAAUCCAAGGACGAUGGCCCCCAUUGUUGUGUCUAAGAGAUCUCGUUUUCGUAAAAUUGAUUCUCUACGAACUUAUUUAUGGUUCGGAGUAUUUUUCUGAAUUAUCUGUGAAAACUUUUCUGUUAUUUCAGGAGUGAAAUCAAUCGUUUAUUAUCUACAUAUUUAAAACAAUCCUAUAUUUUCCUGGCAUCCCAAAAGGUAAAUGCGAAAAUGAUUUCCCUGGUUGUGACCGGUUAAUUUAUCUAUGUUAUCAACGGUGAUCGGUAUGCACCCCUAAGUCAGAGGUGGUUCUCAGGUGCUAUUAGUUUAACAAACUGGUUUAUGGGUCCAGUGAGAGGGCGUAAGGCAGUAUUUUAACAAAUCUCGCGAGAUGAGUUGAAUUGAAUAUGAUUCAAAUUGAGACGGUGCAUAUCGGCGCUGAUGUAGUUGGAAACACCGACACACAGAGUCGGUAAAAUGUCCCACCGGGCUUUCGUGCAGCGCAGAUAUGGAGGGUUCUACCCCUCUAUGGUCUACCCUCCAUAAGCGCAGAGCUUUACAGUAGCGCUACCUUUAAAUGCCACAUAAUUAUACUUGCCAACUGAUGAUAAAAUAUCAACGUGAAUAUAGGCCACAAAAUUUAUCAAUAUACUGUCGAUCAUUUCCCCAUUACUGUUCUUGUAAAAAAUUUCAACAUUAAACAAAUAGAGAUUUGAUUAUCGGAAUUUACUCUACGUAGGUGGGAUUUUUUAAUCGUUGAAUUACAUUAGAAUAUAGCCAUACAGCCAUACGAAUAAUUCGACAUUUUUUAACCCAAUCGAAAAGAACCGAAGGUUCGGAAUUCUUUCGAUUUUUCGCGCCAAAAAUUGAAUAUAUCUGAAAUCGGUCAUUCUGACUUCGGCAAUAUAAAUCUGCCAACCCAAUUAACUUACCCAGUUACAAGCUUUCACCUUUGCUUUGUUCAGAAUUUUUUCUUCGAAUUGCUAUCGUAUCUUAGGACUAAUUACAAAAAUCCUGUGUUGGUGUAGUCAAUUAAUCUGACCAGGAAAGUAUCUGCACUGCACUAUAAACGCUUUAAAAUAAUAAUUACAUUCGGCUUUUCAUUGAUUCACCGGAUGCUAUUUAUAGAAAGAUCGUGAUGUCUGUAGUUGAUACCAAGAAAGAUAUCCGACCGAUAUGUAUUUAAAACUUGAAAUUCGUCCGACUAUGGCAGUAGGACACGGCGGUAAUAAUCGAUACAUAUCCUAAUAUUAGCACAGCACGCAUUUGAAAGCUAAUCAUUAACCUAGUUAUUUUACCUGCAAAUAUCUUGUUCCGCAUAUCGCAGUCUAGAUAUACAUUAGUCUAAACAAAGCGCAAUUCCAUCAUAUCAUUUGUAUUUUAGAAUAGCAUCUACUCCUCAUGUCAAUCUAACUAGUACUGGAAACCGUCGUCUUAUAUCUUGUGCAUCGUCUUACGUUUGCAUCUUUGAAUGGAACUUGAUUUUCUUCGAAAAAUUACUUCUUUCUCAAUCUGAGAAAAUUGGAGUGUAUCUGACAUCCGCGAGGGUCUGUAUCUGAUUAUAUUGAGCUAUUCCGUUGUCAAGCAGGUAAACAUUCCGUUACUCGGCUAUCCUCGGGACUAGGCGGUUCAGACCUAGUCCAACACUCUUCGAAUUCAGUCGAUUACCGAAGUAACAUUUAGUCGGUGCAGCUCCGAUUAGCUUCGCAUAAUAAGGCAAACUGUCCACUAUGACGUCGUUAAAAUUUUGCCACUCUCAAACUGCCCCUGACAUGCUAAAAAUCAGCUGGCCUAGUAAUAUCGUAAAAUCAAAAUGUGUACAAAUGUUUACGUAAAUUUAUUACUCUAAAAUUAUGUUCGGGAAUAAACUUCAUGGGCUUCAAAAUUUUAUUGGCCUCAUCAAUUGUACUCUCUCGGUCAUCCGCCGUACCUAUUUCGUACAACAAAAUUUUCAGAAUCAUAAUUUUAUCGGAGUGAAAAUUACUCAAUCCAGAACAAUAUCCGCCAUAAUAUACUCGGAUGGAACGACGUAUUCAAAAUGGCAUGGAAGAACAUCGAGAAUGUGGUUUGUACUGUCCAGGAAGUUUUACUGAACCCGAGUUUCGUCCACCCGAAGGAUUCAACAUUCCCACAUACGUCGCAGGAAACCUGAAGGUUCGCCCGUCACUUCCAAAAACUAUGGGUUCACGUUCACUUCGAUCCCCAAAGAUUCAACACACGCACCGUCCUAUAGAGAUGCCAACUUGUCGCGAUAAUUUCGCGAUCGCGCGAAAAUUCCACACGGAAAACCUGGAGCAUCAACCGCUCCCGGACCGCGUCGACGACCGUGUAUUUAUGAAUGGGAAUUUCGGGCGAGCCAAAUCUUGCGGCUCUUUACCCUCCUGUAAAUCAUAUAGGAAGUAUCAAGAGAUUACGCCAAAGGUCUUCCAGAGGCGACCGCGAAUCCAGACCGUCACACAGCUCUACGGUCCAGUACUCGGCUGCAAAGUACCGGAAACAAGAAUGGAUCUAGCCAUCUGUUGGGAUACCCCGGUGGACCCAUCUUAUGAACCUAGAAAACCAGUUCAUAUAGACGGAAGCGACGGCGGACCGGCUCCCGGAAUUUUCACCCUCGUUCAGCACCCACCGGGCGUUUCGGCAUCAGAUUUUUAUUCGCCAGACUUUUCCAGGCCCAGAGCGGCAUCCGCCGAUCCAGGGAAAUUCGAACGCCUUGUCAAAGCUAAGCCCCACCCUACAGAAAGGCAUAAUUGUAGGACGCCGUGUCCCGAAGUUUGCGUUAAUUCGCAUGAAAAGCUAUCCGUUGAUGGUAGAAGUUGGCCCGAAGAAGAUGAUCCAAUGGUUCGCGGUAGAUUAAACGUUCUGACGGGAUACAAAACGGAAGCCGAGGAAGAGGAUGACGUAGCUAAAGCUAAGAAUCUGUUGGGAGAAUCGACGAAGUGCCACCUGUGCAAGGGAUUCGGUGAAAUUCGAAUAUCCGAGGCUGAUCAAGAGCUGGCAAAACGAUACACCAGUUCGCCGAAACAUCAAAGUAGAGACAGACGGAAGCACGUUGCUUAUCUUAGAAACUGCACCGCUUGCGAACAGAGAAAGAAAGAUGAGGAAAAAGACGCAUCUCGGCAUAAACAGAGACUCGCUCUCCACUCGGCCGCGCCCAGACUCACUCACGACGAUCCCAAGAGGAACGGUCUUCCAAAGUCUUUGAACGUACCACGACCUAGGACUCCGUUUGCCAGGCGCUCGUUUUGCAUCGAUACACUCACCCCCCCGUUCAGCGUAGUCAAGGGAUGUAGAGAUGCCGAUUACCCCGAACAUUGGAGGCUCACUUCGGUUUACCAGCAGUCUUACAGACCGCCGCGAAAUCACAAAACCACUACGCUCUCGCGGAUGAAAAGAUAGGGGAGAAGGAGUUGUUGAAAAAUUAUUACCAAAUAGUAUAGAUAUUGUAGAGAUGGCGAAUCGUAACUCGUUCUGAUAAAGGUAGUUCCAGUUUUUAUUAUUUUCUUUUCUCGUAGAUUUUGAAUUAUGCUGAUGAAUGUUCUCGGGUAUGUUACCUUCUAGACGGUAAAGCUCCCCUAAAAAUAACGUCUUCUCGAGUCUUUGUAGAACCAGUUUUUGCAGGGAAUUCAUAAGGUUCGGGUAACGCUCUAUUGCCUGCUGGAAAUCUUCACGUGUCAAAACGUACAGUUCACAUAUCUCGGCCGCUACCACACUCGCUACCCGCUGUUCGUUUUCCAUUAUCAAAGCUAUCUCGCCGAAGUGCGCGCCGUCCUCAAGAUGGCAAACCUUGCAGUAAAAGGAAACUUGCAAAUAUGUACAACGUACGAUGCAGUCACAGCAUUCAGAUUAUGCAUCCUGGUUACGAACCUCUUUUCCUAAACUUGUGUAUAUAGCGACGGUUCCAGAAGCAAUAAAAUACAUACUAUCACCCGUUGUACCUGCUUUUAUUAUUACGUCGUUCGUAAGAAAUAUUUCUGUGCGCAGCGACAUCGCGAUACGUGACACUACCGAUUCUGGUAGGCAUUUGAAAAACGUGACUUUUUCAACCAACUUUCGAGAACGGUGGAGCAUCAAUUCCUGAGUAAAAAAAACAUUUAUCAUAUCGGAUUCAUCUGCAAUUUAUUACUGGAUGAAAAUAUAAAAAAAGGAAAACUUCCGGGUUAUCGGAAAAUCAUAAAUCAUUUACUUCUCUCAGUCGCACGGACACGAGGCUCAUGAUACUUUUUUCAAGAUCGAUACUUUGCUGGAUGCAAUAUCCGUAG